CAUCCGGGUUGCCAAACAUCAAGCAUUUCAUGUUUCGUGGGUUGCUCAAUUAUUAAACGAGACGCAUACAGUAUUUAUUACGCAAGUAAUUUGGUUAAUAUUUAUUUAAAACACUGAAAACACUGUGCGAGUUGAUUUCAAGGUUUGCCAAUGCUACUCUGCACUGCACUGUGGGGUAAAUUACCAGGAGGUCUCUUAACCUUAAAGUUUUGGGCAGUACAAAACCGAAGCAGGAUGUUGUCAUCCCUUCCUGUAGCAGCAGUUUGUCAAAUGACUUCCACGCCUGACAAAGAAGCAAAUUUUACAGUAUGUGAGCGAUUGGUUGAACAGGCUAAAGAGGGUGGAGCGAGUAUGGUCUUUCUACCUGAAGGCUUUGAUUAUAUUGGCUCAAGCCGAGAGGAGACGCUACACCAUUCAGAGAGCCUAGAUGGUGACAUCAUAACUCGCUACACUCAUCUAGCGAGAAAGCUCAACGUGUGGUUGUCUCUGGGUGGAUUCCAUGAAAGAGGACAUGACUGGAAAUAUGACCAAAGAAUUUAUAACAGCCACAUUCUCAUAAACGGACAAGGUGAGAUUGUAUCUGUGUACAGGAAGGGACACUUGUUUGAUGUGGAGUUAACAAGUAAAGCCGUGUCCCUUAAAGAGAGUGCUUUUACUAUACCUGGACCGCGACUACUCCCUCCAGUCCAGACGCCAAUUGGAAAGGUUGGUCUUGGUGUCUGCUAUGAUCUCCGUUUUCCUGAGCUGUCGUCAGCCCUUCAGAGACACGGUGCUGAGAUCCUUACAUACCCUUCAGCUUUUACUGUGGUAACAGGAACUGCCCACUGGGAGGUGCUUCUUAGAGCCAGAGCGAUCGAAACACAAUGUUUCGUUAUUGCCGCAGCACAGGUUGGAGCUCAUCAUGCCAAGAGGACGUCUUAUGGACAUGCUCUAGCCAUUGAUCCAUGGGGUGUGGUGCUCGGGGACUGUGGGGGUUCUGAUGUAGGCGUAGCUAUGGUUCAGAUUGACCUGCAGGGUUUACAUGAUAUCAGGAGAGACAUGCCAGUGCUACAGCAUCAAAGAGAGAAGGAGUAUUACUCCAGCUUGGAUUAAAUAUCCAUGUAUUAUAUGUUAUAUAAUGAUUAUGAUUCUACAAAAUUUAUAAAUCAAUUCAAAAUGCAAUUUGGAUUAAGUUAGUUGCAAUUGUUUAUUCUUUUUGCCUGUUUGCAUUUGGAAAUGAUUGAUUUCUCUUUAAUCUAAAGAAAAGAAAAAAAAUCUGUUGCCUCUGA